CAGCGUUUGCAGCCGAAGUCGUGAAUACAGGCUUGCCAUACAAACGGGUUUCUGAUCCCUAUCAUUACCAACUUCAAGCGUUGAGAUGAGUGAUGUUUGCGGGUGGUGAAGCGUUGUUUUCCUCAAGUGUCGGUGGAUUUUGAGUGAAAACCGGGUAAAAAAUGAUCGCCUUAGGUCCGAAGAAGGACGGUGGUCCAAACGGGAAAUUUUUCGAGUCCCCGGAUAUUCUAGGUCAAUUGGAUGCAGUGAAACAGUGGCUACUGAAAAACUGUAAAAAGUAUGUUCAAACGGAUCCACCCACUAAUAAAAGUCUUGCCACUUUGGUGGUACAGCUUUUACAAUUCCAAGAGGAUAACCUCGGUAAAAAUGUGUCAAAACCGCCAAUGACAAGGCUUCCUAUGAAAUGCUUCUUAGACUUCAAACCUGGUGGUGGCCUGUGCCAAAUAUUAGCUACUGCGUUUCGAUUCAAACAAGAACAAGGAUGGAGACGUUUUGACUUCCAAGUUGGCAAGUCUGGAUCUCGUAUGGAUCGUGCGAUAGAAAUGUUAGUAGCGGCAGAGCGAGCCUUGGUUCAAAAUCGGUGCAUGACUAUACCCUGUGUAUACGUUAGACCUGAAGUUGACAAGGCAACAGCUACUAAAGUAAAAGAAGUCGUUCGUCGUCACCAGGGAACCAUUGCAGAGGCAGAGGCAGAUGCAACCCAUAUAAUUUAUCCACCAGUUGAUCCACUAGAGGAGGAAUAUGCUCGACCAUGCUUCAGACGUGAUCGUUCUGUACUGCUUCAUUGGUAUUACUUUCCCGACAGUCACGAUUCAUGGGCAACACUAGAUCUUCCAUGGGACUUCCCUGAAGGCCCGAUAGGAGUUGGAAACACAAGUGGGAGUAUUGAUGACAGACCCCCUUAUCGUGUAUCUGCUACUUGGGCUUUGGAUCUUGAUCAGUAUAACGAAUGGAUGACUGAAGAAGACUAUGACGUGGAUGACAAUGGACAAAAACGAGUCCACAAACAUCGGUUGUCUGUCGAAGACCUAAUGGCUCAACCAGCUCAUCCACCGCCGCCUGCUUCUGCAAAAAAACAAAAGCGUAAACGGUCUCCGAGCCCUCCGCCAAAGAUCGGAAAACGCAAGAGUGGUCGUGGACCUGCAGGAAUCCAAGGCUCCUCAUCUGCUUCAGCUACGCCAAAAAAAUCCCGUGGUGGUGUCGAUGAAGAAGAAGACCUGACCCAAGGCAUGGAAGAUCCCCCAGCUGAGCCUAGGAUAAUAGAGGUAGUGGCCAGUCCUGCCAAUCCUGCUACAGUUGGUCCAGGUAGCGGUGUUACAGGCAGUAGUGGCAGUUUAUCAGCAACCGGGAACAAAAAACAGGACAGCGAACUGCAACCGCUAAAGUCUGGCAAUAUGGCUGAUCUGGACGAACCUUCAGAUGGUGAUAAAGGAAGCACACAAGGAACUCAGGAGAGGGAAGAGCGUGACGCUAGUAAAGAACGAGGAGAAGGUGCUAAAGGCGAUGAGCCAGAAGACAAUGUGACUGAACAAACACAUCACAUCGUUGUACCCAGUUAUUCGGCUUGGUUCGAUUACAACUCAAUACAUACUAUUGAAAAGCGUGCUUUAUCGGAAUUCUUCAAUGGCAAGAAUAAGUCCAAAACACCUGAGAUUUACCUAGCGUAUCGUAACUUUAUGAUAGAUACAUAUCGACUGAAUCCAACCGAGUAUAUCACAUCGACUGCUUGCAGACGUAAUUUGGCAGGAGAUGUAUGUGCCAUCAUGCGGGUCCACGCGUUUUUGGAGCAAUGGGGUCUUAUUAAUUACCAGGUUGACGCAGAAUCCCGUCCAACUCCAAUGGGUCCGCCGCCUACUUCCCAUUUUCAUGUUCUAUCAGAUACUCCAUCUGGUUUGGCUCCUGUUAAUCCAAAUCCACCUAAGACUCCUCAACCAACAAGUGCUGCAAAGUCCUUAUUAGAUUUGGAGAAGAAACCCAUAGUUGCAGCCGUGGGACCAGAAGAAAAGAGCGGUAUAGGUGUGAUGGCAAACUUCGGUCUUAAGGUUGAUCAGUAUUCGAGAAAACCUGCUGUUUUGAAAAGCAAGCAGGCUGCUGGAGCUACCCGCGAUUGGACAGAACAGGAAACACUAUUAUUGUUAGAAGGCUUGGAGCUCCAUAAAGAUGAUUGGAAUAAAGUUUGCGAACACGUUGGAUCCCGUACUCAAGAUGAAUGCAUACUUCACUUCCUACGGCUUCCCAUUGAGGACCCAUACCUCGAAGAAGGUGGUCCCGAAGGCUUAGGACCACUCGCUUACCAGCCAGUUCCAUUUUCAAAGGCUGGUAAUCCAGUAAUGAGCACCGUUGCAUUCCUAGCUUCAGUUGUUGAUCCGAGAGUAGCUGCUAGCGCUGCUAAAGCAGCAAUGGAAGAAUUUGCAGCUAUCAAAGAUCAAGUGCCUGCUGCGUUGCUCGAUCAACAUUUACGAAAUGUUCAAGCUAGUACUAAUCCAGAUGGCAAAUUUGACCCAUCGGCAGGGCUUGCGCAAUCUGGUAUUGCAGGAACAGGCCCUCCAGAACCUCCGGAAGAUCCUGUUGUACCAGCCACUACAGCUGGUUCGUCUUCCGCCAGUGCUACUUCUCCUCAAGCCUCCACUGCUGACAGUAAAAAAGAUGACACACAGGAUCUCAAAGUUAAGGAGGAAACAGAUGGGCCAAUGGUAUCACCACAAACGCUGAAAAAAGAAGAAGUCGUAGUGGAGAGUGAGCGUGACCAAUCAGACAAAAUGGAUGUUGACUCGAAGGAUGGCGAAGACGAUGCGAAAUCCAAGGCAGAUGGCGAAGAAUCAGAGGCUAAAGAAAAGCGAGAUAAGGUUGUCAGAGAUGCCCAACUACAAUCUGCAGCGGCAGCUGCAUUGGCAGCUGCGGCUGUCAAGGCAAAACACUUGGCAGCUGUAGAGGAAAGAAAGAUCAAAUCGUUGGUAGCAUUGCUGGUGGAAACUCAAAUGAAAAAACUGGAAAUAAAACUACGUCAUUUCGAGGAACUCGAAACAACUAUGGAACGUGAACGAGAAGGACUCGAGUAUCAACGUCAACAGUUGAUUACAGAACGUCAGCAGUUCCAUCUGGAACAAUUGAAGGCUGCAGAAUUUCGUGCUCGACAACAAGCUCACCAACGGCUGGCUCAGGAACAACAGCAACAACAGCAAAGUCAACAUCCCCCAUGGCAAGCAACUAAUUCUCAGCAACAACAGCAGCCGCAACCGCAGCAGCAACAACCACCUAGCCCUCAGCCACAGGCGACACAACCACCACCACAUACACCACCUCAACAAGCGUAACUUGAUCAUUUUCUGUAAAUUAAACCAGUAUAACAAAGAAAUCAGGAUUUUAGUGGUUGUCGUGUAAGUGGAAAGUGGUGUCUAACGCACUUAUUUCAUUCGUUUUCUCGUGCACCUAUGCCAAUAAUUCCAUGAAAUGUAUUACCAUGUACUGAAAUAUUUAUAUGGCAUUUUAGGCGGGUCUUCUUUUAUCCUGAUAUUUUUUCCUCAUGCUUUUAAGGUCCUGACCAUCGCAGUAAAGUUUCGUUAUCUUGGCUAGUAAUAUUAUUUUGUGGAAUAUACUUUAUUUUUUAUUAUUUUACUAGUUACAAAAAUAGGUCAGCAAAUUGUUACGGCUAAAGGUUUACGUCAAAAUAUCGUCCGGUUCAAAUUUAUACAUUCACCUAUUUAACAUUACCGGGCCUGAGUUAACAGACAACCACUAAUAGUUUUUAGAACGCCGAUAUGCUGGGCAAGCCGAUUAUUCCAAUACCAAUAAUAACUAUCAUUAGAAUCUGAUUUCAUCAUGAAUGAAUGAAUAAUAGGUAAGCUAUAUUAUUAUCGACCACUUUUUCGUACACACAGUCCCUUUGUGUUUCAUGCGGAAAGAAUCAAGACAGUAAUAAUUUAACCAGAGACACGGAACGUUGUUUUUAUCAUUACCACGUUCUGUGUAAACUGUGAACAGAUUUUAGAAUGCAUCCAUGAACUUCUCGUAUCUGCAUUAUAAUUCGUAAUAUUAUAAUAUCGACUCAUGAUCUUCGUGUACAAUACACUACUGCAUACAUAUACAUACAUACAUAUAUAUUAUUACUCCGAAUCAAUUAUUGUGCACCGCUCUAUCAUCUUGUAAUAUAAGAUCUUAAUGAAGUUAUUUCAUAGGAAAUAAGGUUGAAUGAUGUCAAUAUACUGAAAUAGUAUAGCAAAAAAAAGAAACAUAAGGAUCUAGAGAGAAGUUAAAUGAAUUAAAAGAUUGGGUACCAGUA